AUGGCGGCUGCCGCUGUUGCAGCUGCAGCGCUGGACCCCAGCAAUAGCGCCAAAAAUACAUUGAAACUUGAAAAUAAAUACCAAGCGCAAUGGAAGGCGAACAAGGUUUUCGAAGUCAAUGCCCCAUCUAUAUCCGAAAUUCCCCCUGACUCUAUCACCGCUGCCGGCCUGCGGGAAAAGUUCCCAAAAUUCUUUGGCACCAUGGCAUAUCCAUAUAUGAAUGGAACUUUACAUGCCGGCCACAGCUUUACCGCCAGUAAAGUAGAGUUUAUGGCGGGAACUGCUAGAAUGGAGGGAAAACGAGCUCUAUUUCCUCUUGGUUUCCAUUGCACCGGUAUGCCGAUCAAAGCUUGUGCCGAUAAGCUGGUGGACGACAUUAAAAAGUUCGGGAAACAUUUUGAGAGAUAUACCGACGAAGGGGAUGAGCCCGACGAAGCUCCCGCUCCGAUUCAGGGAACCAAAGAGGACCUGACCAAGUUUUCUGGGAAGAAGAGCAAGGCCGCAGCCAAGUCUGUGAAAAUGAAAUACCAGUUCCAAAUUAUGUUGGCUUUGGGUAUACCCCUUGAAGAAGUACAUAAGUUUGCCGACCCUGCCCACUGGCUUGAAUUCUUUCCGCCAUUGUGUGUCAGAGAUCUCGAUAGUAUCGGAGCUAGGAUCGAUUGGCGGCGUCAGUUCGUGACCACGGAUGCCAACGCUUAUUACGAUGCCUUUACCCGCUGGCAGAUGAAUCGCCUCCAUGAGCAAGGGAAAAUCUUGUACGGAAAUCGAUAUACUAUCUAUUCACCCAAGGACGGACAACCGUGUAUGGAUCAUGACCGGACUGAAGGUGAGGGAGUUGGUCCACAAGAAUACACCGCUUUGAAACUUAAGGUCAGGGAAUGGUCGCCAGCUGCCCAAGAGCUUGUUAAGGGGAAGAUUGAACCCGACGCCAAUGUGUACUUUGUUCCUGCCACCCUACGUCCCGAGACGAUGUAUGGGCAGACAUGUUGCUUCCUCGGGCCUAAAAUACCUUACGGCAUCUACAAGGUCAGCGAGAAGGAAUAUUACAUUGUUACUAAGCGCGCAGCCUGGAACAUGGCCUUCCAAGGCACUUUCUUCAGCAGUGACAAUUUCCCACGAGACCAGAGUGAGCUUCAACCACUAGUGGAGGCCCCUGGCUCCACAUUUGUUGGUACGCUGGUCAACGCGCCUCUGUCUGUUCAUACCGAGGGUGUUAGAAUACUUCCUAUGGAGUCCGUGUCUGCAACUAAGGGAACUGGUGUCGUAACAUCGGUACCGUCAGACAGCCCGGAUGAUUAUGCAACUGUAGUUGAUCUCGCAAAGAAAGCUGAUUACUACGGAAUUAAGAAAGAAUGGGCUGAAUUGGAAAUCCUUCCUAUUAUCGAAACCCCUUCGUAUGGGAACCUUACAGCACCAACCUUGGUAAAGCAGCUCAAGAUCAACUCACCAAAGGAUGCAGUUCCGCUCGCCAAGGCAAAGGAAUUAGCAUAUUCGGAAGGAUUUUACAAAGGUACCAUGCUUCAUGGAGAGUUCAAAGGCCAGCCAGUUCAAGAAGUCAAAGAGAAGGUCCGUGAGUCUCUCAUCAAGAGUGGCGACGCGUUCCCGUUUGCCGAUCCUGCAGGCAAGGUCGUCAGCAGAAGUAAUGAUGAAUGUGUUGUUGCAUAUCUUGGUCAAUGGUUCUUAAAUUAUGGGGAAAACGAUCCGCAGUGGCAGAAAGAGACCCUUGACUAUGUGAAAGGACCACUCAACACCUAUUCUCAAGAAGCUCGCCACGGGUUUGAGAAGAACCUUGAGUGGCUGAAUCGAUGGGCAUGUGCCAGAACUUAUGGCUUGGGUUCCAGACUGCCAUGGGAUCCUCAUUUCCUAGUAGAAAGUUUGAGUGACAGUACAAUUUACCAGGCAUAUUAUACCAUUGCACACCUUCUCCACGCUGACAGAUACGGAAAGGAACCGGGUAGACUCGGAAUCAAGCCCGAGCAAAUGACGGACGAGGUUUGGGAUUAUAUCUUCACUAGAAGAGAUCUUGGCGAUGAUUUAAUUCGAUCAACCGGCAUCCGUAAGGAGGCUUUUCUGACUAUGAGACGAGAGUUUGAGUACUGGUAUCCCCUGGAUGUGCGCGUUUCAGGCAAAGAUCUUAUUCAGAACCAUCUCACAUUUUGCCUAUAUAUCCACGCCGCGCUUUUCCCUCGGGAAUACUGGCCACGCUCUAUCAGAGUCAAUGGUCAUUUGCUGCUGAACGGUGAGAAGAUGAGCAAGAGCACUGGAAAUUUCUUGACCUUGAAGGAUGCAGUGGAAAAAUACGGUGCGGAUGCCACUCGGAUCGCCUUUGCUGAUGCGGGUGACGCGAUUGAGGAUGCGAACUUUGACGAAUCAGUCGCCAAUAGUAAUAUAUUGCGUCUUUUUACGCUGAAGGAGUGGAUCGAGGAGGUUGCCAAAGACAGCUCUCUCCGCACGGGACCUGCAGAUGCAUUCUUCGAUAAGCUGUUUGGCAAUGAACUGAAUGUUUUGGCUCGGGAGGCAAGGAAGCAUUAUGCUGACACAAAUUUCAAACUUGCUUUGAAGAGUGCACUCUACGACUUUACCAGUGCAAGAGAUUUCUACCGCGAAUCAACUACCGCUGCUGGUAUUGGUAUGCAUCGCGAUAUAAUUCUACGAUACAUCGAACUUCAGGCCCUCCUUCUGACACCGAUUACUCCUCAUUGGUCUGAAUACGUGUGGCUGGAGGUCCUCAACAAGCUACCUUUGCCCCGCAAACUCUCCAAGGGCAAAACCGUCAGCUUCGACCCUCGCAAACCAAAGAAGUUGACCAUCUUCGCCGCCAAGAAAUUCCCCAGCUGGCAAGAGAAAUAUAUCGACCUUGUCCGAGAGGCGUUUGAUGAAGUCUCCCUAUCCAUUAACGACAAAGAGCUGAAUGGCAAAGUGAGCAAGUUAGGCGAGAUGAAGAAAGCAAUGCCGUUCGUGCAGGGAUUGAAGAAGCGAUUGGUCACGGCAAAGGAACUGCCGGAAACAGUUUUUAACCGAGAACUGGGCUUCGAUGAGCUAUCGGUUCUUGGCGAUAUGGUUGCGGGUUUGAUCAGAACGACUGGAUGUAAAGUUGUGGAGGUCGUUGCCGUUGAAGAGGGCGGUAAAGCGGGUACGACCUUGGAUGGCCAGCCGAGAGAGGGGCUACCAAAUGUUGCGGAGAAUGCAGUGCCCGGACAACCAACGUUCCAUUUCGAGAAUAUCCCUGAGGCGGGUGGAGUGUAA